AUGGUUCACAAUCAAGUUUGCCCGAACUGCUUCGUGAAGGAUAGCUGCAGGAUCGCUGACAAGAUUGCAAUCUGGGUUGUCAGGCUUUAUACAGCUUUCUCAGUCACGGGCUCACCGCAGCCGAAGCCGAAGCGGGCCAAGAUAUUGUAUAGAUGGAAUGGCUGGUUGAACAGCACAGCGCAGCUGCCAGUGCCAUGCUGCUCGUCUGACGAAGUGCGAAAGUGGAGGAUCAUCAUCCAGGAUGGGUUGGUGGAGGGUAGGAGGGAUCAUCCCGGGAUAUAUAGGCCAAGAGGCGAUGGCAGAAUAAUGCCGCUCACAACUGCGGCUCCUGCGGCGUACUUUAUCGUAUUUCGAGACCAUCUCCAUCAUAACGUGGCUGGUUUUGGUCGAAGAACUCAUGUAAGAGCCUCCCGCGUGACACAUAGACGUGCCCUGUUCCUGAUGCGGGAUCCCGAGGAGGCAGGUUGGUCCCAUGCCAAUGCUGAAAUAUGUGGACAGCCCGACGCAUCGGCGCAGCGCAGGCAGGGACUGGAGGAUGAACAACAAGAACUUGGCUUGGCUUGGCUUGGCUUGGCUCAAAAUGUGGAGACACUGGGGAAGCGGUUUCAUCCCCGAGAACCUUAUCCCCGUGACUCGGUUCGUCCCGUCUCCUUCCCGAUGAAUAAUCUGUCUCUUUGGCUCAUCACCAACUUUGACCUGUUACAAUGCACAGACAGCCCAACAUCGAUGGCCGGCAAGCCUCACUUGAGUAUCGUGGUAUGGAAAGGAGAUCCGGUCGACUUUCCACAGUAUAGGCACACAGCAUUAUGCUUCCGCUUUCCAGACACUCUCACUCCGAUUACCAUCCAUGCCAUCGGGCCGCCUGGCGAGUACGUCUACGAGCUACAAGACUCCCAUGAUCCUGCUCUCGAUCAUGGUAUCGCCGGCGUCGUCAACGUCGGUAUGCUGAGCAUGCUCACGACAAAUUCGCGGCUUGACGGGAUUCUUCGCGCCGUCCCCAUGGAGAACUCGAAUCCUGAGUUCAAUUGCCAGAUCUGGAUUGAGAAGGCUUUGAAAUCGCUCCAAAAUCACCGUCUGUUGACCAGUGAAGCAUACUCGAAAGGCGUAGAUGGUAUGAUGAAUGACCCGGAAAGCAUACGUAUUGCGUGA